AUGUUUAAAGAGAUAGUGCGAGCUUCUGUACCUGAUGAUUUUAUAGAAAUAAGACCUGUUGGUAACCUUGCUUCAGGUAGAAAUAAUAUUGAUGAGAUGUUGUUAGCAUUAUCUGAGAAUAUUAGUUUAUACGACUCUCAGUUGUCACCCGUAGAACGGGCGUAUCUGUACGUGCGAAUGCAAAAACAUCUCAAAUAUAACACAGAGGAGAAAAAGAAAACGGCGAAGGAGGCUGCAAACAUGACACUUGAACUAGCGCAAGAAGUGCAGAACCAGUGGAAGCUUUGUAGACGAUGCAGUAACGCCCGUAACAGUAAAACAAAUCAGUUACUAAAGAAUGACAAAUCAAACAAAUUUAUGACCAAGAUGACGGCUACGGCCACAUCUAAAUUCCGUAUUGACGGCCUGGGCGAGACGCUAGAAAAUUUGACCUAUGACACCUUUGACACGGUGUCAGUCUCAGCAUUUGAAUUUCAAGAGAAUGUUUACAUGUAUGACAACGACAGCACAUCAAGCUUUGUGACGUCAAAGGUGCUCCGAAUCGACGUUAAAUCGGUAGAUACGCGUGUAACCCCUGGAUACAUGACGUUUCAACAAACGGUGAUUACACCAAUUCCAGAGUACGUUAUUCCCGAGGUUCACGAAGAGGAUGUGUCAGAGUUUAUGUAUCAUAGAUUGAUUUAUCAGAAGGCAACGGACGAAUUGUGUAUGAUUAUUGAACCACAAGGACGGUACAAUUUUACCGAAUAUCGUGUGUAUAUAAAAUACAGCUCAGUGCCAUCUAUAAUUGAUUUUGAUUUUAAUGUUUACGUUAAGGGAGAAUUUAAUUGGCAGCUAUGUAUUCCACCAGAAAAGAUGAGAAAUCAUACCGGACUUACAUAUAUGGCCGUCCAGUUACCAGGAAACAUGACAUCUGUAGCUUACAACCUGACAAUUGUAACUGUUGGAUGUCUGACUUGGGAAGAAAAAAUAUCAAAAUGGCAUACGGACAAGUGUGAGCUUCAAUGGAAACCAGACGAAAAUCUUGUGUCGUGUUUCUGCAAAGACAUCACUGACCUGGUGUUCUCCAAUUCAUUCUUUGUGGCACCUAACUCUAUAGACUUUAAUACCGUGUUUUUGCGAUUUUCUCCCCUGAACCAAGCGGCCGUUAUAGGGACGUUUAGUGUGCUGUUUGUGUGCUAUAUUGUUGCUGUUAUUUUCUUAUCCGGUUUAGACAGACAGGAUUCGUUGAAGUGGGGAAUAACACCAUUAAGAGACAACACGAUAAAUGAAAUUAAUUAUUACAUAAUAAAAGUAUUUACCGGAAUGAGGCGCGGAGCGGGAACUAAGUCACGUGUCGCAUUUGUCCUGACUGGUUCAAAUGGUAGCACCAGACCACGUGAAUUGUACGAUGGCGUCAGAGAGGAAUUCAGUACUGGCAGUGUCAUGUCCUUCUUCAUGUCAACAAAUCAGCCGCUUGGCGAUUUGUUACAUCUUUAUAUUUGGCAUGACAAUAGUGGCGGGUCACAGGCCGAAUGGUACCUCAACCAAGUAGUUGUCUAUGACAUAGAGACAUUAAAAGCAUAUACUUUCGUAGCUGAAAGGUGGCUUUCAGUAGACACCCACAUAGAUGCAUGUUUGCCAUCAAGCCUUUACAAUCAUCCGAUAAAAUUUGAAUCUCGAUUCUUCUUCCAACUCAGAGACAGAUUCUCAGAGAACCACACUUGGAUUUCAAUAAUUUAUCGUCCACAGACAAGUACCUUUACUCGAAUACAGCGUGUGUCAUGUGCAUUAGCGUUCAUAUUUCUUACAAUGCUUGCGAAUGCCAUGUACUUUAAUCCAGAACCCAACUAUAUAUCACCAGCCAUUCUAGAAGUUGGGCCAUUCCGCUUUACAAAACAGCAGAUAUACAUAUCUAUUAUCUGUGCUGCUGUAACCACGCCCCCAAUUAUGUUGAUUGUAUACAUUUUUCAACAUACUAAAAGGAGGAAGCAAACAAAUGACGACCAUAAAAAGAAGGGCAACACUUGUUGCGGAAAACAACGUUCCGCUACUAACGAAGCCCGACUUAGAGAAAUACAACUUUCUUCUGAAACACCGGAACUUAAGGCAGGACUGGUUUUCCCGUUUUGGUUUGUUUAUAUCGGAUGGUUGUUAGUUUUGGCUGCCAUUGCUGCGUCUGCGUUUUUCAUUGUUUUGUACAGUAUUGAGUGGGGGAAACAAAAGUCAGAGGAGUGGCUUACGACUUUUUUCAUGUCCAUCUUCGAAUCAAUUAUUUUUGUCGACCCUAUAUUGGUAAUAUGUAUAGUGUUUGUACUAAGUUUGUUGCUAAGGACAAAUAAAGUAGACAAGAAUAUUGAUAUACAGCACAUUGUUGAACGUUACAAGCAAAUGAAAGGAGAUCAAGAUGAUGAAUUACAGUCAGCCAUAAAGGUCUUACAAUCAAUCAAGAACGACUUUGAGUCACUAGAAAAGGAUCCAAGGCGUGUUACACCACCCAUGCAAGGACGUGACCUUGCUUUGGCUGCGGAAAACCAUCGGCGUAAAAUUUUAAUGACGUCAUUUGCAAAGGACAUUCUUCUGAAUAUUUUGUUAAUCAUUAUCCUCUUUAGUAUUGCCUACGCAAACAGGGACAGCAAAUCGUACAUGCAUCACGAGGAGAUAGUCAAUGCAAUAGUUGAGCCUUGGAAAUUGCCACAGUUCCACGACAUCAAGACACCCGGUGAUGUGUAUAAUUGGUUGAAUAUUUCUGUGAUUCCAAGUUUAUUCCCAGAAUUUGAUAUUAAUGGUGCACCAUUGCAUUGGACAGUUCGUCAAUUUACAAAUGGAUACAAUAAUUUUAGAUUAGGACCACCAAGGCUCCGACAGUUGAGAAUGAAAAACAGAACAUGUGAGAUACCUUAUAUCGGACGAGAAAGUUGUCACGGGAAGUACAAGAUAUUAAAUGAAGAAGAAACAAAUUUUUGUCUAGGUUGGACAGAGCCACCAUGCCCUGUGUCUGAACAUGUUUUUAAUUUAACCGUUGACGCCUGGAAAUAUACAUUAGCCUUAGAUAUAUGGGGCCUGCCUACACCUGGGAUUUAUACAACUUACGGUGGAGGUGGAUACAUCGCUACAUUCGACGUAGGUCGGAACAUUUCUAUUGGAAUGUUAAACGAAUUAUUCAAAAACGUAUGGAUGAACAGGAAAACAAGGGCUGUGAUAUUUGAAUUCACCCUAUAUAAUGCAGUAACAAAUAUGUUCAUCUACAACAUAUUCCUUAUUGAGUUUUUAGAAUCUGGUGGAGCCAUAACAACAUUUUCUAUCUACCCAGUUCGCGUUUACACUCACCAUGGUGCACUUGGUACAUAUACAUUAGUGUGCGAAAUCAUUUUUGUCGUAUACCUCAUAGUUCUAUGUGUUAAAGUAUGUGUUAGAAUUUAUCAGAAACAUUUAAAUUUUUUCAAAGAAUUUUGGCCAGUUUACGAAAUGGUCAUGCUGCUCACUGGAAUAGUAAUCGUUGUGUUUUUUGCCCUAAGACUCGGUUUUGCUUACCAAACUAUUAACAAAUUCAAUGAAGACAAAAAGUUGUUUGUUGAUUUUGGGCAUAUAAUCCUGUGGGAUCAGAUGUUAGUAACAGCGCUGGCAAUUCUUGUGUUUAUGUCGACGCUGAGAAUGUUGGAAGUGUUUGCAAGCUCAAAAAAGAUCAAUGCUGUAAUACAAGUGUUUCAUGAUUGCGGUAAAGACCUUUGUUGGUACAGUCUGACGUUCUUACACAUUUUCAUUGCCUUUUGUUUGUUUGGUCUAUUGAUGUUUGGAUCAAAGCUCAAUUCCUACAAGGACUUUUAUAGCACAAUGGGAACCUUAUUCAUUGCUUUGAUUGGGAAAAGCAAGUUUACAGAAGUUGAUGAGACAGAGCCAAUCUUUGCAAAGUUGUUUUUCUGGUUUUAUAUUCUAACAGUGGUAUUCUUUGUUUUGUCCAUCUUCCUGUCUAUUCUCGGUGCAAGUAUAGAUAUCGCCAUACAUAGUUCUCGACAUGACCCAAGAGAGGAUUUGGUCGAAUAUAUUAUAAACUCCGUGAAGUCAUUAUUCUCUAAACCAACAAGACAUGUUGACGUGAAAGCUCCCUCACCGAUAGCCGAUUCUCCGUUAAAAGUUGAAGCUGAAGACACUACAUCUGUUACACCAACUGGAGAAACCUCACCAGAUCCUCAGAUAGACAAGAUUGAAGAUAAUUUCACUGAUGACCUAGACGCUAUAAGUAAGAUGUCAGAAGAGGAUAUAAUACUGCCCGUUGUAGAAGUAAAGCGGGUUCCCAAAUUUCGAAGUAAAACACAAUUCAGCACUCGGACGCUCAACCUGAUGGAAAGACCUCCUUGGAGACCGUAAAUACCUCCCUACUUCCGUUAAGAGCUGUUUUGUACUUGGUUUUAUAGACACUGAUUUAAUGUUACAGCUAAGUCAUGCAUUUCAUAAAAGAAGAAUUUGAUAAUAAUUUCCAACCUAUAUUUAUAAACGAAAAUGUUUACUUGAGCUAUUAUGUAUAUUUCUAUCUCUUUGUAAUUUUGUAAUUUCAAUAUUGAUAAUGAAGAACAAGGUGGUGAUGUUCGUGUGGUAGAAAUAAUUUUAGCUGUUUCAGCAGAUUGUAAAAAUGGAGGAAAAGAUAAUCUAAUAACGUAACUGACUGUAACUUUAUCAUACACUGAGGGAUUUUGAAAUUACUUGGCACAAAUGUCUACCACAUCAAGACGAUGUGUCGCGUCUAAGAACCACGUCCCUACCUCAAAGCUCAAGGUAACACUAACAUUUUGAAGUUUCACAUUAUCACAAUUAGAAUGAAUAGGUACACACAAUCGUUUCCGGGCUGUAACUUUGUCAUACAUGGACGGAUUUUAAAAUAACUUGGCAUAAAUGUCUACAACAUCAAGCUAAUGUAUCGCACCUAAUAAUCACGUCCCUACCUCAAUGGUCAAGGUCACAUUGCCAUUUGAAGUUCACUGUUUAUAGGUACACACAAUCGUGUAUGGGCUGUAACUUUGUCAUGUACCGAAGGAUUUUCAAAUAACAAGGAAUUAAUGACUACCACAUCAAAACGACAUGUCGCGACAAAGACCCAUGUCCCUACCUUCAAGGUCAAGGUAGUUGAAAUAGUUUGAAGGUACUCAUUCUAUCGAGAAGAGUUUGAAGAUACUCAUUUAUGUCCGGACUGUAACUUUGUCAUGCAUGGAAGGAUUUUAAAAUAACUUGGCACAAAUGUCUAUCUCAUAACAACAUUUUGUCGCGUACAGGAACCACGUCUCUUCUUCAAAGGUCAAGGUCACACAUUAUAUUUUGAAGGUUCAUGCUAUCACAGUUAGAGUUUACAGGUACAAUUAUACAAUGAACAAUAUUCAGCAAUUAUUUACUUUCAUUCUUCUUUUGAUAAUACCUGCAUGCUUAGGAAACCUUUUCGGGGGCAUUCAUCACUUGGGUGACAGCUCUUGUUUUAAAUUACACUUUGUUGAUGUAAAAAGUGCUUUGCUCAAAUUGUAAUGAUAAAACCCUUGUCUAAGCGUAAUAUUUAAACUUGAAAAAUAUUUGAUUGAUCUUUUUCACUAUGUAAAUCUUUAGUUGUGAUUGUAAAUAGCCAAUUCUAUUUUUGUUUUUGCAUUUAAUUUUGUAAUUGUGCUAUUCUCGUUACUAUUAUGAUAGAACUGUAUGCUUAUUUUGUACUUAUCAUAAGUUUGUAAGCAUGAAAUACAGAGAGCGUUGGUUUGUAUAUAU